UGAGACGGUGUCCUGGAUGCAGUUCGUGGAUCUUAUAGAAUUCUCUCAAGCUGCCUGAUUACCAUUGGCCUUUGCGUGUGGACAGCUGUGCACUUGAACAUCCCAUCCCACAAGACGGCCUCGCGUCAAAAAAUGGCGCAAAACUGGUUGGUCGCAUACACUGCGUGGCGGCAGGCGAGAGACGCAUAUGCUAUUGGUAAAAAGCUUCAAGGGUAUCUCUAUGGCGACAAAUCGACAAAAAGACACCCUUGGACUAGUAUGCAUGGCUUCUAUGCCGUUAUGGGUGGUUUCGCCUUCGACACGGAGUUGACGGGACAACGGAUAAUGCCAGGUGGACGGACCAGACUGACUCACUCCACGUGGAAUCGAGUAUCGCGAGGCAUGACCCGUAUCUCAUCCCAGAUCUAAGCAAGGAAGACAUCGAAGAUAAAAGUAAAGCCAACGGUCUCGCAAAAAUCCUAGUAUGCGGUCAAGCACUGUGGUUCUGCGUUCAGUGCAUUAAUCGCAUAUGUGCUGGACUCGCAAUCAGUCUUCUUGAACUCAACACAUUCGGACAUUCCAUAUGUACGCUUCUGAUUUACAUACUAUGGUGGCACAAACCUCUUGAUAUCAACGAGCCUAGUCUUGUACAAAAUCAAAGGAU